AUGGUUUUCCAACUUAAAUUGUUUCUACUCGUUAUGCUCAUGGUACAACUCUCCGAAGCUAGCAGCUGGCUAAGCUCGUUUAACUCUUUCAAAUCAACGACCAAAUCAAAAGACAGUGAUAGCACUAUAUGGGCUAUUCUGGUAGCUGGUUCAUACGGAUACUAUAAUUAUCGACAUCAGGCUGAUGUUUGUCAUGCGUACCAAGUAUUGAAGCGAGGUGGAUUGAAGGAUGAAAACAUAAUAGUGUUUAUGUACGAUGAUAUUGCAAAUAACUUGGACAAUCCACUCCCAGGUGUUAUAAUCAACCAUCCCAAAGGAUCGGAUGUAUAUGCGGGUGUGCCAAAGGAUUAUACCGGAAAGAGUGUGAACGCGGCCAAUUUCUAUGGUGUGCUUCUUGGGGACGUAACAAAAGUGAAAGGGGGAAGCGGGAAAGUGGUAGUGAGCAAACCUAACGAUAAGAUCUUUAUCUUUUACUCUGAUCAUGGAGGCCCUGGAAUUCUUGGUAUGCCGGUCACGCCUUACAUAUAUGCAGAUGAGUUCAUCCAUGUUUUGAAAACAAAGCAUGCUAGUGGUACAUAUGAUGAGAUGGUGAUAUACUUAGAAUCAUGUGAAAGUGGAAGUAUCUUUGAAGGUCUGCUACCAACAAAUUUAAAUAUAUAUGUGACAACUGCAUCGAAUGCAACCGAGAAUAGUUGGGCCACAUAUUGUCCGGAUGACGACGCUCAUUCAAUUCCAGAGUUGAACACUUGCUUAGGUGACCUAUACAGUGUUUCAUGGACGGAAGACAGUGACUCAGAGGAUUUGAGGCGCGAAACUCUGGAACAACAAUAUUUGAAGGUAAAGAAGAGGACUUCCAAUAAUGAUUAUUUGUAUGGAUCCCAUGUGAUGCAAUAUGGUACGUUGAGGAUUAGUAAUGAGACUGUUUCGGUCUAUCAAGGUUCUAGUAAGGGGAGGAUUUCUGAAGAACCCAAUUCAAUAUCCAUGGGUGUUGUCAAUCAGAGAGAUGCAGAUCUUUAUUCAAUGUGGCGAAAGUACAACAAAACAGAAAAUUUGCAACAGAAGGCAGAACUACUCAAGGAAAUCAAGAAAAUAACGAAACACAGGUCUCAUUUGGAUAACAGUGUGAAUAUGAUCAAUCGUUAUAUAUUAAGCGAUGGACAUGGAGUCGUGAGAGAUGCAGGAUCAGCCCUUGUGGAUGAUUGGGGUUGUCUUAGAUCAAUGGUCCGUGCAUUUGAGAGAUACUGUGGAUCAUUGACUCAGUAUGGCAUGAAACAUACACGAACAUUCGCUAACUUAUGCAACAAUGGAGUUACUGAGAAAGCCAUGGAGAAAGCUACAAAGAAGGCUUGCAACUCGUAUAAAAUGGGGCAAUGGAACCCUGUGAUUGUUGGCUACAGUGCUUGAUCCAUAAGUAACAAAGCCC